AUGGGAAAGACACUGGAACAGGUUGCCCUGCGGCUGCGAGAGCUCUUCGCCAGCUUCAUCUCCGUCCUGCAGCGUCUGCUCAGGCUGCGGACCCGGCCGGCGCAGGCGUGCGAGAAACAGGGCUCGCUCAAGAGACGGCGGAGCAGACGCUCGCUGGAUGAGUUUGCCGUCGAGAUCGAGCGCGAGUUCACGGCCCAUCUGACGACGCAGAGGCUGGCCUCGAUGGCCGCUGCGAUCCGGCUGCAGCUGGACCGGUGCGCGAAGUCGUCGCCCGUCUGCAUGCUGCCGUCGUUCAACCACACCCUGCCCACGGGCACGGAGACGGGCACCUUUCUGGCCCUCGACGUGGGCGGCUCGACCUUCAGGGUCGCCCUGGUCGAGCUGUGCGGCGGCGGCGGCGACGACGACGACGACGACGACAACAACAACAACGACGGAGGGAUGAAGAUCGUACGCAUGGCGUCGUCCGUCAUCGACGAGUCCGUCAAGCUGCUGGAGGGGAGGGCGUUCUUCGCGUGGAUCGCGCUCAAGGUGGACGAGAUGCUGCGUGCGGGCGGCGAAGGGUUCGGCCAGGACGCUGCCGCCCCCCUGCCCAUGGGGCUGUCGUGGUCGUUCCCGAUCGACCAGACCUCCGUCCGCAGCGGGCUGGUGCUCAGCAUGGGCAAAGGCUUCCUCUGCUCCAACGGGACGGUGGGCGAAGACCUCGGCGGGCUCAUCAUGGACGCGUGUCGGGAACGGCGCCUGAACGUCCGCAUCGAGGCCAUCGUCAACGACAGCUCUGCCACCCUGCUGUCCCGCGCCUACGUCGACCCGUCGACCCGCAUGUCCCUCAUCCUCGGCACGGGCACCAACGUCGCCAUCCACUAUCCCACCCGCGCCAUCGGGCUCGAGAAGUUCGGCCGCAGGCCCGCCGAAUGGUUCGCGCGGGCCAGCCAUGUCAUCAUCAACACCGAGAUGAGCAUGUUUGGCGGCGGCGUGCUGCCCAUGACCCGCUGGGACGACGACCUGAACCGCAGCCACAUCAAGCCCGACUACCAGCCGCUCGAGUAUCUCGUCACGGGCCGCUACAUCGGCGAGAUCGUGCGGCUGAUCAUCGUCGAGGCGGUGCAGACGGCGGGCCUGUUUGGCGGCGAGCUGCCGCCCUCCAUGCGCUCGCCCUACUCCCUCGACACCGCGAUCGUGGCCUGCAUCGAGGCCGACAGCUCGCCCGCCCUCGACCGCUCGGCCGCGAUGCUCCAGGGCAGCCACGAGUUCGUCGUCCCGCCCGCCACGGCCGACCUGCUCUUCCUGCAGAGGACCUGCAAGUGCGUCUCCAGACGGGGCGCCGCAUACCUGGCCACCGCCAUCUACAGCCUCUGGCGCCUGCGCAACGAGAGCGAGUCCCCCGUCCUGCCGUCCACGCCGGACUCGGACGGCCUCGCCAAGCCGGCGGCCGCAGAGACUGAGCUCGCCAGCCUGCCGGUCACCAUCGCCUGCGACGGCACCGUCAUCAACAAGUAUCCCAACUUCAGAAGCACAUGCCAGACAUACCUGAACAGCCUCACCCUGGCCGUCGGCGGCCAGGCAGACACCGCAGACUCGGGCUCAGACACGCACUCGCCAUCAGUCCCCGUAAUAUCCCUUGACCCAGCACCGGAGAGCGGCAUCUUCGGUGCCGCCGUCGCCGUCGCCGUCGCCGUACCCGCAGCAAGCAUAUAG